AUGGUUGAGUGCAAGGCGCUCCAACAGAAAGUCCAAGAUUUGUCGUCAUCUGUAGACACUCCACUUACGGAGGGGAGGGAAGCGAUGGCGGCCUUGGAGGAAGAAAUUGCGGUGUUCAAAGCGAGAGCGGCCGACCUCAAUAAUGCCGAAAAUUUGUUUUCACUUCCAGUAACUGCAUUUACUAUUUUGGAUAAGCUUGAGGGGGACGUCAAACAGCAAGGGCAGAUAUUUGCUCUAUUCGCUGAUCACGAUGCAAUGGUCAAGGAAUGGGCAUCUCAACUAUGGGCAAAGGUGGACUUCCAGGUGGGAGCUCCAAAAGGCAGCUGA